AUGAAAAUACUGUUAUAUACUUUUCUUUUUUGUAUUUGCUCUGGUUUUGCAAAAUGCCAGAAAGCAUAUAAUUUUGAUAAUAUAAUAAAAUAUCUUAAAGAAAUAAAAGUAAUACCUAGCUACAUACCAGAUCAACUAGAAGAUAAUAUUCAAUUAAUUCCACCAUAUUUAGCAUAUAAAUAUAAAAAUAGAAUAUAUUAUAUACAUAAUAAUGUUGAUAUUUAUCCAGUAAUUAAUAAAAAACCAAAACCAGUUUUCCCAAUAGACCCAGACGAUACAACUGAAUGCACCCAUAACAAUGUAAAAAAUCCAGUUGAAGAUGAAGUUGAAGAUGAUGAUGAUACUGUUGAUAUAAACAGUUUUGUUCCAGAUAAUGAAACAGGCAUGUUUGUACCUAACAUAAAAGUAAAUGGUAUCGAAGAACAAACAGGAAUAAGUGAUGGGUUUGAAAUUCCAAAAAAUAAUCAAGUUCCAACAGAACAAAAUGGACCAAAUGCAAUUGUGAAUAUAAUUGGAACGGAAGGGUGCACUAACUAUUCAAUCGGAGAAAUCGUAGAAUUUAAAGAAAAUAAAGAAAUUUGUGAAAAUAUUAAAACUGAAUUUGAAAUAUUUAAUAAAGAUAAUAUAUAUGAACCAACUGAAAAGAUACCAACACAUAAUAUUGACAUAUCAGAUUUCUAUACCUUUUUAAAUGCCAUACAUAUUUUAUUUCACGAAGAUGAAUAUAAUAAAUAUUAUACAAUAAAUAACAUCUCAGUUAAAGAUGUUAAAUUAUUUAUGAAAGAAGUAUAUAUUAAUAUUCACAAUUCUUUAAAAACGUAUAUAUUAUUUUCCGGAUUAAAUUUUAGUGAUUAUUCAUAUACCCCAAAAGAAUUUUCUAUAGAUGCAAUAUUAAAUGAUUUUUAUCAUUUAACAAAUGAUUCAAAUGAUAAUAUGAAUGGGUCUUUUGAAAAUAUAGAAAGAAUAAUAAAAUAUGUGGCAACAUCAAAAAGUCGAUUAAGAAUAAAAUUAAUAGAAAAGGCAAUUAUAAAUUUUUUAGAAGAAGAAAAUUUAAUGGUUUUAGAUAUAAAAUUAAUAUCACACAUAUUUUCAUCCAAUAGAAUGUUAAAUUAUAAUGAAAGUGAUAUUAUUAAAUAUGCAUCUGAUUUAGUAAAUAUUUCUGAAAUAGAUAUAUCUCCUAGAGUUGUUUCAACCAUAUUCAUAUAUUUUGCACAAAAAAUAAAUAUAUUCCCAAUGCCAAAUUAUCCUACUUCAUUUGAUUAUGAUAGUCUUUUGUUUUUAGAAAAUAAUGAUUUAUUAGAAACUAUAGAUAAUAUAUACAAUAAAUUUUUCAAGAAUUUUUAUAGACAUAGUAAUAGUACAAAUAAAGGUAAAAAGGGUAAAAGCCACGAACAAAUAUUACAAACAAUACCAUGGGCUGAACAAAUCUAUUCCAAAUUUAAAACCACAUAUGAUUUAUUAUCAUUUAAAUAUGGUGUAGUAUUAUUUUAUAAUUCUUAUGUGAAUAUAAUGGAUUAUUUACGUCGAAAUAAAAAUAUUAAAGAUAUUAUAGAAAAACAUAAAGAAAAUAAACAAAUAGCAACCCUAGAUCAAUUUAUAAAUGAAUUAAUAAAGCUUUUACAAAUUGCACCUCCAGAAUCAAAUACAGUAAAAGAAGUACAAGAAAAAAAAGAAACAUUGCCAAUAUUUAUAAGCUUAAAAGAUGCAAAUAAACAUAAUAGUAGAGUCCUAUCUGAAGAUAUAUCUGAUUCUGAUUUAGAUGAAAUCGAUAGUUAUGAACUGUCAGAAGAUAAUGACGUGUCAGAUGAAAAUAAUAAAUAUUUUAAAGAAUUAAAAAUAACAGUUGAAAAUGAAUUAAUAGAGGAACGAAAAAAAUAUGUACUCGAAAGAAAUCAAGAAAAACAAAAAAAUGAUGAAAUUAUUAAAAAAGAAAUAAAAGAAAUUGACACAAAACAUGAAUUAGAAACACAAAAAUUAGAAAAAGAAGAACCAGAAAAAGAAAAGUUACAAGAUGAACAAAUUGAUAGGGAUUAUGAAAAUGGUUUAGAAGAUGAAAGAAUUAUUGAAAGAGAUCGAUUACUAGCUUUAGGAAAAGAAAAUGCUAACUUACCAAUAGAAAGAAGUAAAAGAUAUCAUAAAAUGUAUUAUGAAGCAGCACUUAAUGCCUUAACAAUAGACACUGCUGAUAUAUAUGAUAAAAUUGUUAAAACAGGAUAUGGAAUGUCAUCAAAAUGUGGUGAACAAUUCCAACAAAUUGUUUACAUAUUAAAAGAUACAACAGCACCUAAAUAUAAUGAAUUAAAAGUUGAAGUUAUACGAGCCAUUAAUAAAAAUUUUAAUAUAUUAUUAAAAAAAAUAAAAAGUAAAAAAAAUAUUAAUAAAUCAGAUAAUUUAAAUAGUUAUAAAAAGGAUGUAGAAUCUUAUAUAAAUACAAUAGCAAAAAAAAGUCCUGAUGGAAAAUAUUAUAUAUGUAUGGAAGAACUUAUGAUAACAAAAUUUAAUGAUUAUAAAAAAGAACUUAUGAAAUUAUGUGAUAAAAAAUUUUAUGGAAAUUUUAGAAAAAGCUUAAGCAAACAAUAUCUGAAAAUGAUGCGAGAGUUUAGAAUAAUUCUAAAAAAUUCAAUCAGAUUAGCACAAGAUCUUGCACCUAGUUAUGAUCAAAAUGAAUAUAUUCCAAAAUUUACAAAUAUUUAUACAGAACAAAAAAAUUUACAUAAAACUAAAUAUUCAGAAGAUAGACGAAAAAUAUCAAAAUAUCUAGAUAAGUCAUAUAGAAAUAUGUUAAAUAAACAUUAUAAGCAAAAACAAAGAACUAUCAAUAAUGAAUUACAAAAAAUUAAAAAGCAUGUCAUAAAACAUAUUAAUAGUGCUAUUAAAGAGUUGUAUGUCACAGUAUAUACAGAAUUACAAAUUGAUAAAUUACAUUUAUCCAAACAAAUAAAUGAAAUAAAUAUAAUUGUUAGUGAACUAUCCAAAGAAAAUGAAUCUCUAAAUAUUACACUCACAAAUUUAGAAAUAGAUUUAAAAAAUAUCCCCAAUUUUGACAGUAAAAAUUUUACAGAAAAAAAAGAAACAAUAAAUAAAGGAAUAACUAAUGCUAAAGAAAAAAUCAAACAGAAUAUACAAAAAAUUAACGAUUUUAAAGACCAAUUUAAUUCCCUUUCUACUCAAUAUGAUAUUGUCAUAAAAAAAAUAGAUAUUAUACAUGGAAUCGAUAAAAAACUUCGAUUAUUUAAAUAUGAUAUUGAAAAAAGUUAUAAAAAUGAAGUAUUAAGCAGAGAAAUAAUUGUAGAUCAAUUUACUCACUUAAGAAUGGUGUAUAAAAUAAUACAAAACACUAUCUUAGAUUUAUUUAAUGAAUUAUAUAAUAUGGAAAUUCAAGAUAAAGAACUAAAAAUUGAGUUACAAAUAUUAACAGAUAAUUAUAAUGAUAAAAAAAUACAAGUAUCAAUAUUAGAAAAAUUAUAUCAAAACCAAUUAAACAAACAAGAAUUAAAUAUUGAAUCUCUUGUAUCACAAAAGACACAAUUAACCAAAUUAGAAAACCAAAUUAAAAUAAUAAAAACAAAUAUAGAUAAAUUAAAAUUUAAAAGAGAAAUUAUAAUAAAUGAAGUUAAUUAUAUGACAAGUGAUAGUGCUCGAAAACCACCACAUACCAUUAAUUAUCUAAAAAAAUUCCCAUUAGAACCCGUUAUUCGAACAAAUAAUACUUUUGAAGAUUUUAUGGAAGAUUUAAUUAUUAAUAUAGAAAUAGAUAAUCAAAUUUAUCAAAAAUUUAUUAAAAUAGUUAGAGGGUAUAUAAGACGUGUUCCUAAAAAUGCAAUAUUUUCAUUUAAAUUUUUAGAAAAUCAAAAUAAAAAAAAAAUAAUAAAUGAAAAAUAUUAUCAAAUUUAUAGAAAAGGCUUAAAUAUGUUUGUUCAAAAAUUAUAUAUAUUCCAUUCUAAUUUAAAAAAUUACAUUGAUCUAUUAAAAAAAAAAAGCAUACCAAAUAUAUUAUCGGAAAGUAGUAAAAAAACAAAUGUUGAAUUAACACCAUCUAAUGACGUUUUAUAUCUAGAAAGAAAUAUUAUCCAUAUUGAAAAUAUAUUAAAUAUGAUAAAAGAAAAUGUGUAUAUUCCAGAUGUUAGUUAUAUAAUAACUCAACCAGAAUAUUUUUUAAAAGAGAUCAAAAAUGAAAAUCCAGAAAAUGAAAAACUAUAUAAAGAUUUAUUAAAUAGUUAUACACAAUUAAAAGAUAUAGGUAGUAAUAUAAAUGUUGUUUAUGAAAAAAUGAGCGCAUAUAAUAGUCAUUAUAAGCAUGCAUCAGAAAGAAUAUUAAGAUAUAGAGCUUCAUUAAAAUUUUAUCAUGAAGUAUCAGAUAAAAUAUACUAUUUUAGUUUUAAAAAUGAAAAAAUAAGAACCGCUUUAAUAAAUGGAGAAGUUGUUCCUGUUAAUAAAUAUGGAACACAAAUAAAACCAUUCUCUAUGUUACAAUAUAUAGAUAAUGUUGUAGAAGAUGCAUAUGAUAAAGAUAAAUAUUUAAAUGUAAUAAAAGAAGAAACAAUGUAUCCAUUCCCUUUAAAACCUUUAAAAGAUAUAUAUAUAUUAAGUAAAACUUUAAAAUAUAAUUUAUUACGUAAUAAUCAAUUAAGUGAAUUUAAAACAUUUGUUAAAUCUAAAAUGUAUACAAUUAUUGAAAAAGAUGAUAUAAACUCAUAUAUAUUUAAUAAAGAUGAAUUAGAUAAAUUAAAAAUAAUAAAAAAUAUAGAUGAUACAAAUAAUAAUACUAAUUUAAUAGAAGGAAAUUUAACAAAUUUCUUUUCACAUUAUUCACAUAUUUUCCAAGACACAAAUAAUAACAUUCCUAAUCUUGUAGAAAAUACUAUUAAUGAUCUUUUAAAAAAAAAUGGUUUAACUUAUAAUGCUUUAUUAGAAAUUAUUAAAUAUUUAAAAACAAAACCAAAUAUUUUAAGAAUAAAAGAAAUUAUAUUAUUAUCUGAACAAAUAUUAAAUAAAUCAAAUUUACAUUUUAUUACUCCUGAUAAGUUAGCUUUUUUUUUUGUUUCUAUAUUAGAUGCAUUCGAUAUUAAAGUUCUAAUGACAAAUGUAAAAAGAAAUGAUAAUAAAUCAACUAUUAUUUCAUAUUUAAAAUUAUUAAAAAUGGAUCAUAAAAAGGGAAUAAUAUUGUCUAAUUAUGUAAAAGAUAUCAUAUUCAAAUUUUUAAAACCAAAAGAAAAUAAUAUACAAUUAAAAUAUAAUCCUAAAUUAUUCGAAUUUUUAGAAAGUUUAAAUCAUAGUUUAGAUGGAAAUGAUAAAAUGUAUCAAAUUUUUAAAAAAAAAAAUCCUAAAUUUAAUAGUCAAUUAUUAAGUUCAGUUAAAAAUGGUAUAGAUGGUUUUUUAAAAUAUUUUAUGAAAACAGUAAUAGAUACACAUGGAAUUUAUGGAAAUUUCUUAACUUAUUAUGAAUAUACUAAAAAAGAAGCAGAAAUAUUUCGUUUUAAUAAAGAAGAGGAUCAUUUAAAUAAUUUUGACAUAUUUUUAUCUUUUUUUAUAUUUUCAAUAAAUACAGAAAUACGAAAAUUACAUAAAGAUCAUGUAAGUGAUGUAGAUUUAAAAUGUCUAAAAGAUCAUCCUCAUUUUAAUUUUGUAGAUCUUAUACCACAUAUAGAUUAUGAACAUAUUAAUGACGUUUUCUUUAGAUUUAUGAAUACAACUAAAACUCACAAUAUACUACCAUUGAUGAUUUUAUUUAGAUUAUUUUUUCAUCCAAAAAAUAAAGAUUUAUUUACAUAUUCUAAUGUAAUUAAUGCAGUAGAAAAAUAUUUUACAUCUGAAAUAUUUGAUAGUGAUACUAAAAAAAUGAUAGGAAAACUUGCUUACUCAUUAAUGGCUAGAUUAUCUUUUAUAACAGUUUCAUAUUUAGAACCCAAAAUAGAUGAUGUAAUAGAUGGUAUUGAUAUUGAUUUAAUGAAUCUAUUCCAUAAUGUUAUUAACAAAAUGGUAUAUACCCUUUAUUGUAAAGAAGAUAAAAAAUUAAUAGAACCAUUUGUACCUAUUAGUAUGGUUAAAAAUAGGAAAAUGUUCAAAUUAGACGCAUUAAAAAUAUAUAACGAAUUUAUCACAUCUUUACCUGACCAAGAUAAAAGAUCUGCAAUCAACUUUUUACAAACAGAUUUUCCUAAAGUUGUUACUACACUUAUAUCAGAUGCUCUUGAUUUUGUAAAUCGUCAUUUAGAAAAAGGACCAGAUACAUAUCAUUCAGAUGAAUAUGUUAAAUUAGAAACAUUAUUCAAAAUUAAUUACCAAAUUUCUAGUAAUCAAAAUUUAUAUUAUGAUAAUUUUGAUGAAUUUAUUAAAAAAAAUCCAGAAUAUACUCAAGCUCCAAAUUUGUUAUUUAUUAAAAAAGCAGAAUAUGAUAAUAUAAAUAAACAAAUUAAAUAUAAAAAUGAUUUAAAUUUAGAAGAUAUAUUUGAUGAGACAUCUUUUGGAAUAUUAACAGAAGAAAUAUUUAAAGAACACUUAACAAUUAAGCAAGUGAAUGAUAAAUUUACUGAUACAAUGAAAAAACUUAAAUUUUUAAUGCCAAAAAUGUAUGUAUUUAAAGAUAAAUUAAAUAAAACAGGAAAUAAAGAAGUAGAAAAAGAUAUAUAUGAAUAUAUAUAUAAACGUUUUAAAGAUUUAGAAUUAUCAUAUUCAACUCAAGGUUUAGUAUAUAUACCAAUAAAAAAAGUUAUUGAUUUUAUUUUAUUUCCAAAUGUAUUAGUUCAAAAUGUUGAUGCAGAUUAUAUGACAAUGCAAUUAGAUUAUAGAUAUAAUCGAUAUAUAAAAUUUAUAGAUGAAUUAACUACAUGUUUAAUAGAUAUGUAUUAUUAUAAUAAAAAUGAUAACUGUCUUCGUUUUGGAAGUUAUGCAAAAGAAGAAAUGAAUGUAGAACAAAAAGUUCUCAAUUUAAUGCAAACCCCAUUUAUAGAAACCAUAGAAGAAUAUAAACAUAAAAAUAAUUAUAUAUAUAAUAAAUAUAUAUCAGAUAAUGAUGAUAUUAUUUACUAUUUUAUUAAUAAGUUAUUACCAAUUAAUAAAAAUAUUGAAAAAAAUCAAUUAAUUAUACAAAUAUUUAAAAUUAAAUAUUUUGUUCUUGAAAUUACUAAAUUUGUAAUUAAAAAAGUUCUUUCAACAAUGCCAUCAUCUUAUUUAACUAAAAUGACAUAUCAUCAUACUAACAUAAAUAUAGAUCAUAUAAUAAAUAGUUUGUAUUCUUUAUAUACAAAAGCUAAUAAAGCCAAAACUAUCGAACAAGAAAAGGGUGAACAACAAAUUACUGAUGGAUAUACCCACACAAUAGGUUCUAUAAUUAAUUUUAUGUACAAUGCAAAUGAUGAAUUAUGCGAUUUUGAAAUUACAGGCGAAUUCACACCUGAAGAAUUAAUACAUGAUCCAAAAGAAUAUGAAACUGAGGAUGAUUAUGAUGAAUAUGAUGAAGAUUCUGAUGAGAGUGUUGUUAAAAAAACAGAUGAAAGUGAAGAAGAAAAAAAUGAAAAUCGUUCUGUUAUGAUUGGAUUAGGAGGAAAACAAAAAGUUAAAAAUAUUAAAAUUUAUUUAAGUAAUUAUAUUUCUGAAUUUUUAUUAAAUAAUAAUAUAUCAUUUAAAUAUUUAUAUCAAUUUAUUCAAAAUAUGGACAAAUUUAAAGCAUAUUUACCAACCUUAUCAGAAUUAUAUAUUUUUAUAGAUAAACAUGUUAAUAUUAUUAAUUCUAUUUAUAGUUCUAGUUAUAUUCCUUAUAUACAAACAGAUACUAUCAUAAAUAUAUAUGUUGAUACUUUUAAGACACUCGGUUUAGAUAUAUAUUCAGUUUAA